AGCUAACAUAAUAUAUUAAUUGCGAAAGUAAACUAAGAAAUAAAUGUUUGAUGUGAGCAUCCUUUUUGUUGAGACUGGAGACCACAUGCCACAGUUCACUCAAUACCCCACCAGAAACCUUAACUGCCCCGAUGGCAUCAUCUCAGGUGUCUGACUCGUUUGGUUAAUAUGAACAGAUGAUUAUCUACAUUCUUUGUUAUCAAUCUUAAACUUUUCAUUUAUUUAUUCAGGCUAUUUGUCUAUAGUGAUUAUAGUAUUUGGCCAAACUGAUGGCAACUAUGAUAGAAAUAUGGAUAUUCAUAUUCAGGUACUGUUAUGUUUACAUCUCUUACCUAUUUACUGUAUAUAAUUACAAGAGGAUGUUAAAUAUCAAGGUUGUUUUAAAUCAAGCAAUGAAAUAAAUGGCAAGCUGUCAUUUCAGAUGCCUUUUCUAUAUUGAUUCUAUAUUGAGUCAAUACCCUAACAGAGCAAGGUGCAUAUGCACAAUUUUUUUCCGAAUUCCAUAAUUGCAUUGAAAGUUUGUCCAGCAAACUUUAUUUAGUUGUGUGUAGCCUAAUAUGUCUAAGGUUGAUGAAUUAUUAAUAUGAAGUGUAGGAUUACAAGCGUACCGUUGCUAUGGCUGAGUAAGAAACCUACCAUGACUUCUUUUUGCGGAUGGUCAUCUCUUUUAAUAUUGUCUUCAGUCUCAAAAUAGGGAGUUCAGGACCAUGGAUAAGAUCAGCCAACAAUACUCUUACCUGGUUCGAGCGGUAUUAACCAAGAUAUGAAGUAAGUUUUCGUGUGUGGAAAAGUUUUAAAACUUUAAAGUCAAGGGACGUAAAGUCCGUUGACUACAAAACCAGUUGAUUGACAUAAAAUGUUACUCGUUAGUUUUUAAAUUAUGUUUUUAUAAAUCUGGAUCAAAAGCAAAAUGGUGAUAGAUCCCUCAUGGGGUUUGAACCGACAUAUUAUCAGAUUUCAGUCCAGAUAUUUAACCGCUGGGCCACACCAUCCCGUCACCAAGUGUAAUGUUUAAGAAAAUCAACGCAGCUUUCCGUCCGAACCAUGGACAUCGCUUCCGGGACGGGUUCCGGCCCAAGGAUGACUACCAUAGCGCUUGCACGGUGAAACUGGACCGCAGCACGUCGAUGCUCGUGGUCGGGGAGAGCACUCGCGCGCAGCAGGACUCCACGCUGAAGCGCAGCGUGAGCUCCGUGAGCGUCGAGUCCAGUAUGGCCCUGUAUUACUACCAGAGCCGAGAGGAUCGAGUAUGGCUCUAUUCCCAGAACCAGAACUGUUUGGAGUAUUUACAGGAACUGGUAGCGCUCAGGCGUCAAUACACCAAAAGUAUCAUCGACCUGAAGAAUAACGAACGGAAAGAGAGCGCGUCCCGCAAGAAGAAACCCGCACCUCCGCCACCGCAGAAAAGAGUUGUACAGACUUCACGGCCUGAACCUUCUGCUCCCCCAAUCCCGAAUGAGGUAGACACACUUCAGUUCUUUGAUGCAGUGAUUGCAAGCUGUGACCUAGAACCCAAUCGAAAACCCCAUGUGGACAACGGCCACGCAGAUGUGGACUUCAUAGUGGCAACCAGUACCAGUGAGCAUGACCUUCACUCUAACUGGGUGCUUCGGGACCCUCGUCGAAUCUCCAUGACAGAAUCACAGUUAAAGUCUUCAGAUAUCAGCCCUGGGCAGACAGCCCAGCAGAAAGGAGACAUGGGAAGCACAGGUAGUAGGAGACGCUUGCAACGAAACCCUAUCCACCUGCCAAAAGUGGUAGAGAGCGCCUUUCAGACUUUGCGCUUUAAACCAAAGGUAAAGAAGAAAGACUAGCUGAAGAGCACACUGGAAGAACACCAUUGCAUUCCACUUUUAGUGCCCAAACAGGUUGGACCCAAUAGAAGACACCUGGGUAGACUACAUUAAUAAAGCAGUUACUCAAAGCUGUUGUGAAACAGGCGUAGGCAGUGAUGUGAUGUCAGUGUUUUAAAGCUUACUCACUGCCACAGCUUCAUAAAUUAUCCAAUACAUCCGAUCCUUAUUCAAUUGCUCUCAAUAACAAACUCUUAAAGACAUCACCAGAGCAUAACCACUCUGCUUCAUCCUUUGCACUGAUGCCAUCCAGGCUGGGCAACUGGAAUUUCCUCAUCACAAAUAAAAUGACUUCUUUUUGUAUAGUGCAUGACACAUGACCGAUUCAACUUAUUCAGUACAUUUGUUGAAUAGUUAAUACGGUGAAGUGAGUGCUCAAUCUUGUGUUAACUAGCAAUACCUUUAAGUUUGUAUUAGUACGUUUUUUUUUUACAUUAAAAUGUAUAA